CCCCGACGUAUGUAAUAGACAUUAUUCAAGCAAAGUGUUCUCCUACAUCCAAUCCACCCACCCAUCCACCAGUACAUACAUAACCCAAACACACUCACUCAACCCGCGGAGACAUCCGACCGACAGCCAACGAAUUAGGGCCAUCCAUCACAUCCCACGGGGGUCUUUCAGCUUCCGACAACCACCGGUUCUUUCUGGACCUGUUCCUGCCACAGCGCAUGCAAUAACGAAGAGAAGCCGUCGAAAUGUACAUAUCGCCAGACUAUUCAGGAUACCGGUUGGAGGCACGGCAGCAGCAGACGGCAAGCAACAUCACGGAUACUGAUGGCCUCCCGAAAGAUGAUAUGAUUGUGCUCACCCGUUCGGUGCUCGCUGUUCUGUUGGUCUUGUCCACGACUGUCUGCGGCGCGCGGCUAUAUGUCCGGUACUUUAUCGUCAAAAGCUUCGGAAUCGAUGAUGUUAUGGUGAUCGUCGCUCUCAUUCUCUGUGUAGGCUUCGCCGUGCUUGGACUCUGCAUCUCUCACGUUGGCGUCGGUGUGCACCUGUGGAACGUACCACCGGAGGACCUCGUAGUGUAUUUCAAGAUCUACUACGCCGCCAUCUGCUCGUACGUGUACGUGGCGCUCGCCGUGAAGACCAGUCUUCUAGUGUUCCUGAUGCGCGUGUUCCCCGGCGCGAUGCUGCACAAGUGCGCCAAGUGCAUCAUUAUAUUCUUGUGCGUGUUCACCGUCGGCACCGAAUUCGCCACGACUUUCUCCUGCAACCCCGUGCAGGCCGGCUGGGACAAAAGUAUCGUCGACGCAAAUUGCUGGAGCAUCGAUGUGCUCUACAACAUCGUCGUGUUUCAGGGGAUCGUCAUGAGUCUAAGCGAUGUGGUCAUAUUGCUCUUGCCCAUGUGGGACCUGUGGAAAUUGAAACUGCCGACGAGGAAGCGGUUGCAGCUGAUGAUAAUGUUCGGUUUGGGAAUGCUCGCCACGAUCGUCUCAAUCAUCCGACUCUCAACCGCCGUAGCCAGCACCAAAGACACCAGCGACUUCACGUACACUUCAGCGCGGGCACUGCUGAUGAUGAACGUCGAGUUCCACGUGGGGCUCAUAACCGGCUCGCUGCCGUCGCUGCGGCUUCUCCCGGGCUUCCGCGUCCUCUUCGCGUCGUGGACCGGCGACCACUCGACCAAGGGAUACUCAGGUCGGAUCAGCGGCAACGGCGACGGCAGCGCCAUGCGCAACGGCGCCGGCUCUCGCGCCAACGACAUGAAGCUCGGACGAAUGCCGAAGAGCCCCUACGGCGAUAUCAUAUCAGUGCUGGCGCUUCACACGUCAAAUCGUUUACGGUCGAUAAUAAUUUAUUGCAUAAUAAUCCGCACGCUUUGGGCUCGGUCUCUCCUGAGUCCCUAUCGCGCCCUGAACACGAAACGGGCGGGGGAAAGGCGGGAACAGGACCGUUUCAAGUCAACGGAUCAUCGGCCAUCACUGGUCCCACAUCCUUUCCCCACGCAGCUGUCCAGCUGUGAUAUGUAGAUUAUUCCCCUGACAGGUGGAACCAUGGAAGCUGCACCCAGGUAGGCAGCCCAAGGCGCUCCGGGACUCGGCAUCGAUCCUAUUCGUAGCUGGGGCCCGCGCUCGACGGUCGGCAAGCCCGAGCUCAAGUAGUUAGGUAGAUCGGUGUAGGUAGUCCAUGUACGCACAGAACUCCCAGGAUCCCCGGCCCCCGCAGUCAGAGAUGGAACCCUACCGUUCCUAUCACACAUACCGGUACCAGUCGACGGGGGGAGCAGAAGCAGAAGUUUGAAGAACCCUACGGCCAGCGCUGUCAGGGGUUGCCGCGUGGGGCUCCGGUGAGGAAUGGGAAACCGUUCGACAUCCCCGGCCGAGGUGAACCAUUGACGGCCAGGGCUUCGGUUUAGCUCGUAGACUGGGAGAAUAUUGAGAGAGGACUGGCUUACUGCACAGAAUAGGAGGUUUUGAGGGGCGCGGUACGCGGUUGAGAGAAAUCAGUUAUGACGUUGAUGGGUAAAUC